AGCAUCAUGUGACUAAACUUUAUACCGAGAACUAUACCGAACACAUACGACAGCAAAUACUGCAGUUUUGAGCAUUUGCUGCAUUUUCGAACUCCAACUCCCCCAGCGCUGAGCUCUGUCUUUAUCAAUUUGGUGCGAGCUAUGAAUGUUUCGUGAUCAAACUAGCGACGUCUUAGCAUAACUCCCAGUAAGUUCCUGUUCAGUAUGAGUAAAAUUGGAAGCGGAAGUUUUGCAGAAUCGGAUCCUGACUCAUACGGCGCAGUAUCCGACCCCAUCCACCAUGCAACCGCUGUUACAGCAUUUGGCAAGAUCAAGACAUUUGCAGGCCUUGAGAAGGAUGAAUGGUUGUUUGUCAUUAUUUCUACCAACAACAUCCUAUUUGCUAUUGGACUAACUAUCGAAAGACUGGUUAAUCUCCCUCAGAAUUCCACAGACUACACAUUUGCAAUCAUUCUCUUCAUUAACACAGUGUUUUGUCUGUAUUAUGCUAUCCAUGGAGUUCUGAGGGAGCGAGAGUUUGAAAUAUAUGCCUACAUUGCUGCCACUGCAGUCCUUAUAAUCUAUAUUGUCCUGGACUUGGCCUUGAAUACCAGUCGCCCUGCCGUCAAGUGGGCUCGUUUUGGGCUUCUUGUGUUCUUUGGACCAUCAAAUGUCUAUUAUGGAUAUAAGGUUGUCAAAGGAUUUGGAUAUCUAGAGUUCAAGACUGUUGGGGCUGCUGUGUCUCUACAAAAAAUGUACAGAUUAGCAGGAAUAUUCUCUGUUCUUCUGAAGUUUGAUCUACAGCUUGCAGUCAGCUUGCUGGUUCUCGUCAUCCAAAACACGACAUCACUGAGUCUGCAAGAGAAGCUGGUAGUAGGAAUCGGUGUCCCUGUUCAAGUCAUAUGGGCUUACCUUGGUUGGAUCAUAAUGCGGCGUGAAAUUCUAAACCUUGUCUGGGUUUUUCUGCCAUGGUCUUUCCUUGAGCCUGGCUACCUCAUUUAUAGAACAUAUGAUAUAAUAGCCAACUGGAAAUCUCAAGACAAUUCCAACAUACUCUUCUAUACGUUUUUUGGAGCAGCUGCGCUGGCUUUAAUCAUACGGGUUCUUGUUCUUGUCUCUUUGAGGUUUGUCGUAAACAACUUUGGCCAAGGUCUCCGUGAGAUGGUGUUCGCUUUGCCCAUCAGCGACGAUCAGCCACCAAUUCUACCGAGGAAACGGGAUAUCGCAAAAUGCUGCGGUAUUGUGUGCUGCGGGCCGCUGGGAUGAUGACGUGAUGUACUCUUUCCCCUCGACAGCUACCAGGAGGUAGGGGAAAGGCUCUCCGUAAGCAAGACUAGGACUUUUCCUAUGUGUUAGACGAGUUAUAUUAUACUGUGCAAAGAACGAAAAUACAAGAAGCUCCCAUAGGUAUACGCAAAGAGAGCCAAAUCAGAGUCGAAAAGAUCUGUUGCUGAUCUGGUGGAGUGCGGGACAAGAGGUUGCUUUAAAGGCAUAGUAUGUAAUAGCAGUGUAACAAGGUAAUAGCAUUUUUCCUAUUGUAUUGAGUAUCAGCGGGCUGGGAAAAGAAAAAGAGGUAAUCAGAAUGAAAUUUCCGAUAAAAUGCAGAUAGACACACUACUCAUAUUAGAAGAAAAAUAAAUAUAGACAUCAUAUGAGCGACAUAUAACAUUUUUGGACCGGAAAACAGUAGCUGUCACCAUGCAUUCUUCGACGGCAAGCAAAAUAUUGGUAACCGCAUUAAUAAGAGUAUAAAUACCGAAAUAAUAAGAGUAUAAAUAUUUUUUAAGCCCGUGCUAUGGGCAAUAAAGAAUAAAUAGUAGUGUUCCGAAACUCCGAAGAAAUUCUUUACAAACUAAAAAGGUAGCAAAAGUAGUCUUUGUCUCUUGUAGUGUUUGUCUAAAAUAAGUGAUUUUGAUGGAACUAUUACCGAAAAAGACAAUACUUGUAAUUGAGUGAGUUAUAUUUUGUUCUAAUGAAAUGAUCAUGCCGUGCAUUGUCUAUUAUGCAAUAGAGAUUUUAUUAAAUAAAAAGUCUAAUUUAAA